UCGCGCGCUGACGUUAUGCGCGUGCUCGUUCGCAGCAGCGGUUUGUGCGGGCCUGGCGCGCGCACCGGGCGGAGUGUGGGCUUGGCCGGCGCCGGCGCGGGCUGGAGGAAGGGAAGGCUUGGUUGGUAGCGCGUGCUGGCGCUAUGGCAGCGUUGAGUUGCGCGUGAAGAAUGGAGAACGCCGUGCGAGAGAGAGAAAGAUCCAUGGCCGGCAUGGAAACACCCAGCCUUCCGCGCGACGUGAAGGUGAAACUGGCCGAGCUCGAACUUGAGCUGUCCGAGGGUGAUAUUACUCAAAAGGGCUAUGAAAAGAAAAAGGCCAAACUGCUGGCUCCAUACAUACCACAGACUGCAGGUAUAGAUCCUUUUCAACUUGAGCCCAGGCUUACAGGUCCUCCACAGUCUUCACCUUUUUCUUCUGCUGUCCCAUAUGUGGCUGCAUCCAGACAGUCCAAAUCCAGAGCCUCCAGUUCCAGAGAUGAACGCUAUCGAUCUGAUUUGCACACAGAAGCAGUCCAAGCCGCACUCGCCAAAUACAAAGAAAGAAAGAUGCCGAUGCCUUCCAAGCGGCGCUCUGUGCUUGUUCAUUCAUCACUAGAUGCAUACACUCCUCCAGACACGUCCUCAGCGUCAGAAGAUGAGGGCUCACUCCGUCGUCAGGGCCGGAUAACGUCCACUCCAAAGCAGGGCCAUUUGAACGUAGAGCACUGGCUUAACAAGGUUAUCCAGAGCUCCUCCACCUCAUCCUCUGCAUCGUCCACCUCAUCACAUGUAGGAGGGAAACCUACUGCUUCACUAGCUGACCUCAUGGCGCAUACCCAUUUAGAAAACCACUCGGCACCGCCAGAUGUGACCACUGGGGCCUCAGAGCACGUCACUCACUUUGAGAGGCCGCAAGUAUCCUCAGUUCGUGGUGUUCCUCGAGGUUUCAACAGUAGCUCAAUGGAAACUGCUGAUGGAGUACCUGUGAAUAGCAGAGUUUCAUCAAAAAUUCAGCAGCUUCUGAAUACACUCAAGCGACCCAAGCGACCUCCUUUGAAAGAGUUCUUUGUGGAUGACUUUGAAGAACAGCUGGAAGUUCCUCUAACUGACCCAAAUCAACCAAAACCAGAAGGUUUACAGACAACACCACUACAAGGAGAACCAUUGGGAGUAGUGACAAAUUGGCCUCCAUCGCUGCUGGCAGCUUUACAAAGAUGGGGAACAACACAACCCAAAGCACCUUGUCUGACCUCACUGGAUACAACAGGGAAGCCAGUUUAUACACUCACUUAUGGAAAGCUCUGGACUCGGAGCCUCAAGCUAGCUUACACGCUUCUCAACAAACUGAGCAGUAAGAAUGAUCCACAGCUGAGACCCGGUGAUAGAGUCGCUUUAGUAUAUCCAAACAAUGAUCCUGUGGCGUUUAUUGUGGCAUUUUAUGGUUGCCUUUUGGCAGAAUUGGUUCCUGUGCCCAUUGAAGUGCCAUUAACAAGGAAGGAUGCUGGCAGUCAGCAGAUUGGCUUUCUACUUGGUAGUUGUGGUAUAUCAGUUGCACUCACAUGUGAUGCCUGUCACAAAGGAUUACCGAAGUCCCAAGCUGGGGAUGUGGUCCAGUUUAAAGGAUGGCCUCGACUGGGGUGGUUUGUGACAGAUGUUAAAAACUUGUCCAAACCUCCUAAGGAUUGGCACCCAAUGAUCAGGGAUGCCAGCAAUAAUAUCGCUUAUAUUGAGUACAAGACCAGUAAAGAAGGAAGUUCAAUGGGUAUCGCCAUAUCUCAGGCGGCAAUGUUGGCACAUUGUCAUGUCCUUAGUCAAAGCUGUAGAUACAAUGAAGGGGAGACAUUAACAAACGUUUUGGAUUUUAAAAGGGAUGCUGGACUGUGGCAUGGCAUUUUAACUUGCAUCAUGAACAGAAUGCAUGUGAUCAGCAUUCCCUAUGCUUUAAUGAAAGUGAACCCUCUUUCUUGGAUACAGAAAGUUUGUGCGUACAAAGCUCACAUUGCUGUGGUGAAGUCUCGGGACAUGCAUUGGGCUCUCUUAGCUCAGCGGGAUCAGAGAGAUGUAAGCCUCAGCUCACUGCGGAUGUUGAUUGUAGCAGAUGGUGCAAACCCAUGGUCGAUAUCAUCAUGUGAUGCUUUUGUGAAUGUGUUUCAAUCACGUGGCUUGCGACCUGAGGUGAUCUGCCCAUGUGCUAGCUCAUCAGAAGCUCUGACGGUGGCUAUACGCAGACCUGGCAACUUAGGAGGACAUUUUUCAGGGAAGAUGGUGCUGUCUAUGAAUGGUUUGAGUUAUGGUGUAAUACGUAUGGAUACGGAAGAAAAGCUCUCUGUUCUGACUGUCCAAGAUGUGGGUGCUGUUAUGCCUGGAGCGUUGGUGUGCAUUGUAAAGUUUGAUGGUACCCCAUAUCUCUGCAAAACCGAUGAAAUUGGUGAGAUUUGUGUGAGCUCGCGUGCUUCAGGGACAUCAUACUAUGGGCUACCUGGAAUGACAAAGACUGUGUUUGAGGCUGUGCCAGUGAAUGCUGCAGGAGUUCCUGUCACCGAGCACGUCUUCACAAGAACAAACUUACUUGGCUUCCUAGGAUCAGGAAACCAGGUUUUUGUGAUCGGCAAGAUGGAUGGCCUGAUGGUGGUCAGUGGACGGAGGCACAAUGCAGAUGAUGUUGUGGCAACAGCUUUAGCAGUCGAGCCCAUGAAGUUUGUGUACAGAGGGAGGAUAGCAGUAUUUUCAGUGAACGUACUUCAUGAUGAACGCAUUGUCUUGGUGGCCGAGCAGAGACCAGAUGCAUCGGAAGAGGACAGUUUCCAGUGGAUGAGUAGAGUCUUACAGGCUAUUGACAGUAUCCACCAGGUCGGAAUUUACUGCCUGGGUUUGGUACCUGCGAACACACUUCCCAAGACUCCUUUAGGAGGCAUCCACCUGUCUGAGACCAAACAGCGCUUUCUGGAAGGCAUGUUGCACCCGUGCAAUGUUUUGAUGUGCCCCCACACCUGCGUCACCAACCUUCCGAAACCACGGCAGAAACAGCCAGAGGUGGGUCCUGCUUCUAUGAUAGUCGGUAACCUUGUGGCAGGAAAGCGAAUAGCUCAGGCCUCGGGUAGAGAUGUCACACAGUUUGAAGACAAUGAUCAGGCACGGAAGUUUUUGUUCUUGGCUGAUGUACUGCACUGGCGUGCACAGACCACUCCAGACCAUCCUCUUUUCCUCCUCCUGAAUGCCAAGGGCACUGUGGUGAAUACAGCUACAUGCACACAGCUGCAUAAGAGAGCCGAGAGAGUGGCUGCAGCCUUGCUAGAAAAGGGGCGUCUUAAUACUGGGGACCAUGUGGCUUUGGUUUACCCUCCAGGUAUCGAUCUUAUAAUAACUUUCUAUGGGUGUCUGUACGCAGGAUGUGUGCCUGUCGCUGUGCGACCGCCUCAUCCUCAGAACCUUGCCACCACUUUACCAACUGUCAAGAUGAUUGUUGAGGUAAGCAAAUCUGUCUGCAUACUCACAACGCAAGCUAUACUAAAACUGUUUCGUUCAAAAGAGGCAGCUGCGGCAGUAGACAUCAAAACCUGGCCAACAGUUAUCGAUACUGAUGACCUACCCCGAAGGAAGCCACCCCAAAUAUAUAAAGCACCAACACCUGAAAUGUUGGCAUACCUGGACUUCAGUGUGUCCACCACAGGAAUCCUUGCAGGAGUGAAGAUGUCGCAUGAAGCAACCAGUGCUAUGUGUCGGUCCAUCAAGUUGCAAUGUGAGCUCUAUCCUUCACGACAGAUUGCAGUUUGCCUUGAUCCCUAUUGCGGUCUUGGUUUUGCACUCUGGUGCCUCUGCAGUGUAUAUUCUGGUCAUCAAUCCAUCUUGGUCCCUCCACUUGAAUUGGAGAGUAAUGUCUCUCUCUGGCUGUCUGCAGUGAGUCAGUACAAAGUGCGUGUGACUUUCUGUUCCUACUCUGUAAUGGAGAUGUGCACCAAAGGACUUGGUGCACAAACAGAUGCACUCAAGGCAAAAGGUGUGAAUCUGUCCUGUGUUCGAACGUGCAUGGUAGUUGCAGAGGAGCGCCCACGAAUAGCGCUUACGCAGUCCUUCUCUAAGUUAUUUAAGGACCUUGGCCUGUCUCUGAGAGCCGUCAGUACAACUUUUGGCUGCAGGGUUAAUGUGGCAAUCUGCUUGCAGGGAACUUCUGGACCAGAUCCAACCACAGUCUUUGUGGAUAUGAGAGCACUCCGCCAUGACAGGGUGCGUUUGGUAGAGAGAGGCUCCCCACAUAGUCUUCCACUAAUGGAGUCUGGAAAGAUUCUCCCUGGGGUAAAGGUUAUAAUAACCAAUCCAGAGACAAAAGGCCCACUGGGAGAUUCGCAUCUUGGAGAGAUCUGGGUGAGCAGUCCACAUAAUGCCACUGGGUAUUACACAGUUUAUGGUGAGGAGUCCUUACACGCUGACCAUUUCAAUGCCCAACUCAGUUUUGGAGAUACACAGACUUUGUGGGCACGGACAGGAUAUCUGGGAUUCCUUCGCAGGACAGAGCUGACUGAUGCAACUGGAGAACGUCAUGAUGCCCUAUAUGUGGUGGGAUCCUUGGAUGAGACCCUGGAACUGAGAGGAAUGCGUUAUCAUCCAAUUGAUAUUGAGACCUCAGUGCUCAGAUCACACAAGAGCAUUGCUGAAUGUGCUGUCUUUACAUGGACCAAUCUGCUCGUUGUUGUGGUUGAAUUGGACGGUUCUGAACAGGAAGCACUGGACUUGGUUGCCUUGGUUACCAAUGUUGUUUUAGAAGAACAUUAUCUGAUUGUAGGAGUGGUAGUUGUGGUGGACCCAGGGGUGAUUCCCAUCAACUCGCGUGGUGAGAAGCAGCGGAUGCACCUUCGGGAUGGUUUCCUAGCUGACCAGCUUGAUCCCAUUUAUGUGGCCUAUAAUAUGUGAGCCGACUGCUCUGAUUGCCUAUUGCUACUGCUGCCUCAGUGACAGUUUUUGCCGGUGCCAUGAAUGUCCACAUCGAUCUUGUAUGCUGCACUAAGAAUGAGAACAAAGAGAAAGCCAGACCAUGCUGGGAGGCGGUGCUGCGUGCAUUAAAGCCACACAUCCAGUAUGAUCUGUCAUCCAUUUCUCAUGAUGAUGUGCUCUGCAGAGCUCCAGUGACAGUCGUGUCAAAAGGCAGCAGACUACCCUACUACACCACUGCUGGUGCCAUAUUAAAUGUGAAGUAGUGUUCUAGAAACGCCACUGUAUCACAAUACAUUAAAAAAGACUACGCAACUGUAACAGGGACAUAUCUUCAUACAUCAGACUUCCUGCAAGACUGGGAGACAACUGAGUUUUGAGUCACCAGUGUUACCGUUUUCAUAAAUCCCUGCUUAUCUUCGCAGUUUGUGGUAUCAUGCACACUGCGGGGCUGUGGAUUUGGAAAUUCUUUUUAAAAUCUAUUUAUUCUGUUAAUGAGUGGAUAUAGAUGGAUGGAUAGACAGGUAAUCUAUCCAAGAACCGGGGUGGGGUGGGGCAGGCAUUUUAAAGUUGUGCUCAUCUUCAAGCUAAUCCACUAUUCACGUCGCUAAGAAGUAAGGGGAAAAUGGUUGAGGAUAUUGCUUAUGUUGAGUUCUAGGUUGUCCUGUGAUGUUCGCACUAAUGGCUUAGAGUGGAACUCUAGAGGAGUUUUUAAUCCUACCAUUGUAUUGUGAUCUGCAGAGCUGGUGAGGAUCUUGCCAACUUUUCAUUGUUGUAAUUGCUCACUAACCAUGGUAAUCUGGUCCAAGCAACAGAAAACCACAAUCACUCACCACCCUACCUACAUUAGGAGCAUUAUCUCUCCAGGAAGAAUACAUAAGUAUCCUGUUGUUUUAAUGAAUAUCCUAUUCUGAUAUUUUUUAUAAAAUAUUUUUCAUUCCAUGUGUCAUUUCAUCCGUGGAAUCCAAAUGCAGUACUGCCAUCGUAAAUUAUGGAAGGAAAUAGUCAAUGUUAUGUCAGACCUUGAAAUGCUAUGGGAGUCUCCUCUGUCAUAAGGAUAUUCAGAUCUAUUCGAGUAGCUUUCCUCAGAAAGUUACAAUGGGUUUGAAUUUGUGUGAAAUAAAACCUUACUGUUUGAUUAUAUCCAACAUUUGCCAGUUGCUCCAAUUUGCACCAUGUUGCUGGCGUGCACUUGCAUACCUGGCUGGCUUUUCUUGCAUUCUUGGUCUUGAGAUAUAACACAACUUGGUGAUUGCAUAAAUAAAGUUAUUUCACACA